AUGACCGCCCUGCACAGCCCUACCCUACGGUGUACAGGUUCCGGCCCCCUUGCGACCAUUGUGUUCCGGAGGCGGUUAGGUCCACCCCGGCGAGCCGUCCGGUCAACCCUCGACUCGGGGGCAGUGGUUGGCCACUUCUCGCUCUCCGAAGAUCCGGAACCACAAGAAUCUGUCUACACCAAGCAACUGCCCACACUAUCCCCUCAGCGCGAUACCAUACAGCAAUCAGAGUCUCCACCCUUGCAUGGGAGGAAUUCCGAUGAGCUGUCACUCGACCAUGACUCCAUUCCCGAGCUCCAUGUAGACCGGCUCCUUGCAGGUGCCCAAACAUCUCGCAUACCUGCGACACAACAGGGCACUCCUAGCGGUAGUGGUCUGGGUUUUGUGAGGGUAAGUGGCCGACAUAGUUUGACCUUCUUCACAGACGCAAGACUCCAGUCACUUUCCGCAUGCCUGGGAAACAAUAGGGUGAACGAACUUGUUGGCCGCAUUGCGGUCAAUAUCAACAGCCGCGUAAGGCAGGUUGACCCCUUGUACACUGCCGUCCGUCGCCGGGUCCAAAGUCCUAGCCUCCAACUACCUGACAAGAACCUGGCCGCAUCUUACAUUCAACUUUAUUUUGACAAAGUACAUCCCGUUUACCCCUUCCUCGACCGCGCCGCCUUCGAAAAGACCGCCCUUAGCGCGGAGCUAGCCCAGGUCCUCACCAACAGCAAGCCCUGGCUAUGCAUGUACCACGCCGUCCUGGCCAUCGGCUGCCAGCACGCCAACGGCGGCAGCUUCGAGCCUGGCAAGGGCGAGGACUGGAAGCUCUUCGUCGUCGCUACCGCCGUGUUCUCGGACCUGGUGCUCCUCCCCGACUCCCUCAUCACUCUGCAGGCCCUCACAGCCAUGGCUGUCUACGGCGCCAGCCUCAGCGGCCUAGCUCUAGAGCACGCCAUCCUCAACGAGGCCGCCCGCCGCGCCCAGAACCUGCCUACUGCGAGCUUGAGCGCGCAGGAGAUGCAAACGUACCAGAAGACGUUUUGGAUCUUGUACGGCCUGGAAAAAACUUCUAGUUUCCACUAUGGACGAAGCUCGGGCUUCGUCGACUACGACAUCUCCUGCCCCAUCCCCUACGUCCCGGAAUCCGUCUUUGGCGAAUUCAACUGGUUCCUGGCCCUGAUCCGCCACGCCCGCCUCCUCUCGCGGGCCUACACCUCCCUCUUCUCCGCCGGCGUGUCGGGCAAGCCCAGCGCCUACCACCUCGAGACCAUCACCCAGCUGCGCGAGGAGCUCGACAGCUGGCGCAUGUCUCUGUCUGACACGGGCUUCCGCCCCGGUGGCUUGGUGAGGCUGCAGGCCGUCACGGGGCCCAGGACGCGGCCCCUCGCCCUGUACAUGCACUACAUGUACUAUAGCUUCGCCGCGACGCUAGCCCGCACGGCGUUGCUUUACCUACCCGAAUCGAGAGAGGCCGACGCCCUUGCGCAACGAUGCGAAAAUACUACGAUAAUUAUCCAGAGCACGAGGUCGGUGCUUGAUCUCACGGCCCUUAUCGAGGUGGAGCCGUACACGCCUAGUCUCAUCAUCGCCGCCGUCCCCGUCACCGCCCUCUUCACCCUCUUCGACUUCGUCAUCCACAACCCCCUCCAGCCGGACACGUGGUCCAACCUCGCCCUCCUCGAGAUGGUCGGCGGCCACUUUAGCCGCAUCGAGUACGCCACCGGCGGCUCCAUGCCCGGGACGCUGGUCUCCGAGUUCUCCCACAUCGCCCGCGACUACGUCAAGGAGGCCCAGCGCCGGACGGGCGCGCCGGUGGGGAACCCGCACGCUCUUUUUGUCACUCCGGGGACCGCUGCUCCCGUGUCGACGGGCUUAGCGGCGGAUUCGUGUGCCAAGGGCGAGGCGCCGCUUGGCGACGAGAACCAGAAACAAAUCGAACACGGGUCACAACACCUCAUGAUUGACGUACCCAGCGUACCGCGAAUACCGUUCAUAGAUAAUGUUCAAUUCCCGGUAUCGUCUGCCCCUCAUGACGGAUUCGUCCUCCAAGGCCCGGGCAUGGCUGGCACGGAUGUCAUGGGGUUGUUCAGCUACGUCAUUCCGGAAAUAGACUCCAUGCUCUACGACGACUAUGUAGGCAGUUGA